UUUAAUUCUUGAAUCGUUCGAGCCAGCAAAUUUUAUAACGGGACUGUGUGUAGAAGGUUUAAAAGGACAUGACCGCGAGAAAGUUCCCGGAAGAGGGCAAGUGUCGCACGUGUCGAUGUCCGUGCAUCGGUGCAACCACAGAUUUGUUCCAAGACAGCUUCAAAGGGCAAACGUACGGGGAUAUUUUACGCGCAAAACUUUCCGUUGAGCUACCGAACAUAGCCGGCGCAAGCUGCACAAUCUGCCUGCGAUGCACAAAGUUGCUGGAAAGCGUGUACGCAUUCGUACGGCAAUGCCAACUAACCAACGAUUUGCUGGAGCAGGUUCCAGCGGAACCGUCCGGCUUCGAACCAGCGACGAAAUGCGAGCUGGAGGAGCAAAAGGACACUUCCCAAACGACCUGCUACCUUGAAAUGGACUGCGACGAGGACGACGAGUUCAAUGGGUUCUCUAACGACGACGAUGAAAGCUCGGAUGUUCCGAAACAGGACGCCACAAGAAGCGACGAGCUGGUGGUGAAGCUGGAAAUGGUCCAACCCGCUGAUGCCGUGGACAGUGCAAAUGAAGAGGACGACCAGGAGGAGGAGGACCUGGUGCUGUUUGCGUCCGAGUUGUCGACUCCAAAGCGGCGCGGGCAGGGCGGACGGGGACCGGCCUGGAAGGAUGACCACCUGCAGGAGUUGCUGCAGGUGGCGAAGAGGUUUCGUGUUGCGGACGGAAGGAUUGACAACACGAUGGUUCACCUAGCCCUGCGCGACAAUCCGAACCUGGCCCGGUACAGCCGGGAAGCAAUCAAGUCGAAGCUGCACGCCGUGAAGCGAAUGGUCAAGCAACCGGGAAUGCCAAAGGUGAGGAAUCGGAUUUACGAGCGGGACGCGCUGGAGCUGUUCGGCGGGGAGGUGGAGUCGUGAAAGAUUGAAAUAAAUUUUAAUUUCCUGUUUAAAUUUUGAAU